GUGAUUUGAAGAAGCAGACAUAUCGGAGAAUACUCUCAGACCUUCUUCGCAGCGGAUGAAACUGCGUGGUGCGCGGGGAAAGAUGGAGUUUUGUGCAUCUAUGCCAUGUUUUCUAGGUGAUUUGAUCGAGAUCGCGAUGCUGCAUGGGACAGAUCGACACCACCAGAUUGAUGUAAUGACAGCGACGCGCACUCUCAAAUCGUCGGUGACGGUAAUUGCUGGUAGGAGUGUGGAUUUUAGGCUUGCGGAGAGCCAUUGAGGUGGUCCGAGUCAAAGGGAAAAACAUAGAGUACAUAAAGGGCCAUGAGCAGAUACUACUUGUAACCAACAAUCAUCCUUUUCUCCUAUCCAAAAAUCGAGAAAAGCUUUUUUUCAACAUGAAGUUCACGUCUACCGUUGCUGCGCUUCUGGUCUCUGUGGCCGUGGCCUCCCCUCUCUCGCAAAAGAUCGAGAAGCGCCAAUGCCUUCCCUUCGUCGCUCCCUGCGAAACAGAUGAUGAUUGCUGCAUUGGCUCGUGCACCAGCGAUCCUAACGGGGCACUCCCUGGUACCCACUGUUUUCCUUCCCAGAGCCGUGGGGAUAACAGCAACAAUUUGGAUAAACGCCAAUGUAAUCCGGAUUACAUUAUUUGUCAACAGGAUGCAGAUUGCUGCAGCGAGUUGUGCAAGAGUGUUCCAAAUUUUCCUCCUAAUGACCUUUUCUGUGUUCCUCCAGAGGUCGGUGUGGACGGAGGCAGUGAGUUGGACAAACGCCAAUGUCGCCCGGAUGAUUAUAUUUGCAUUACCGACAAUGACUGCUGCAGCGGUUUCUGCGAACCAGGAGACCCAGACGCCCUCGUUUCUGACUUCUUUUGCGUCUCUUCCGAAAAACGCCUCCUCAGGGCCUCGAAACUUGAUAAACGCCAAUGCAUCGAAGAGAACCAAUUUUGCGAAGAGGAUGAUGAUUGUUGCAGCGGCAGCUGCGAGCCCGAAGGCCCCACUAUCACUUCUGAAUUCGUUUGUGUCCCGGAAAAACGCCUCCUCUAGGCCACUAAAUUGGCCAUACGUCAAGGUCUUGACGUGCGUGGCGUUUCAUUGUUGUUCAAAUCAAUCGCCGCCGCAGUCUCUAAUUGAGUCAACAUCGGGCAUGGUCGGAUCGCGU